AUGCAUCUUCUCCUCGUCCAUUCGUUAUUAUUUUCCUUCGGCCUAGCUCAGGCAGCUAUCACUGCCUAUGGUCCACACGUCCAGUCACCACUUGGGACCACGACGGCUGCCUCUGCCUCAUACACCGGUGCUGCUUCAUAUGAUCAAACAAUAUUAAAUGCACCGGCCCCACCUAAUCCUCCUCCACCCACUCAGUUCAAUGUAGAGCUGCAGACCGGAGACAAUCUCUCGGGACUUUCAAUUCAACAAGAAGGUUCAUUCUUUGGUUUCAGUAUAGAGUUUAGUGUUACGACGCAAGUCCUCGGGCUGAACAGUUCUUUCCUUCAAGUGCCGUUUCUCAACCUUAUGGCCAACCUGCGACAACGCGGGGGCAGCGUUAAAGUUCGUGUCGGUGGUAAUACUCAAGAAACCGCUACACUAGUGUCCAGUACCCCGGACGGUGCUGCUCUCGAGAAGGACUAUGGGAGGUCAUCUAACCCCACAUCAACGCCGCCCCUUGUCUUCACAAGCGAGAUCAUCAAAAUGAUGGCUGAGAUAUCUGCACUCACUGACGUCUAUUGGUACAUGGGUGUGCCGUUCAAUGACACUCAGAAUUGGCGUUUGCAGAUCGCUGAAGUAGGAGAGGCGAUGCUUGGGAAAUAUCUGAUUGGUCUACAGGCUGGCAACGAGCCUGAUCUUUACUCAAGACACGGUCACCGUCCGAAUUCUUAUAGCCCUCAGGAUUACAAGGAUGAAUUCGGUCUUCUCAUCAACGCAAUGAACGCAGACUCUAAUAUUCCCAACAAAAACCUGCUCAUUGGUCCCAACCUGGCUGGCGUGUGGAGCCCACCGGAUAUCUGGCAAACCGGGUUCGCCACAGACUUCAACCAAAACCUUGCUGCACUGGGUGUUGAAAGGUACCCUACUGAUAAUUGUUAUGCUCAGUUCGGCAUAGGAACUGAGCGCACUGGCCAAGAGAUGUUCCCGUCCUUCUUGACACAUCAAGCCGGAAUAAGCAUCGUUAACGAGUUCCCUGGUGCCCCCGCCUAUGCGCAAUCUGUUGGAAAGCCCUUCAUCAUGUCAGAAACCAAUACGGCAUCUUGCGGAGGUUUCCCCGGGUUAAGCGACAGCUUCGGGGCUGCCUUGUGGGGAAUUGACUAUGCUCUCCAGCUAGCAUACAGCAAUUUCUCAACUGUUCUUUUUCAUGUCGGUGGACAGAGUGUGUAUUACAACCCCUUUACACCACCUGUGACAAACCAGUCGACAUUCAAUCAGUGGACCAUUGGUCCGAUCUAUUACUCGGCUCUAGUAGUCGCAGAAGCACUGGGCUCCUCCAAUACCGCGCAGGUCCUGGAUCUGCAGGCAAAUGGUGGAAGUGACUACACUCCGGGUUACGCGAUUUACGAAAAUGGCCAGCCAGUCCGUGUUGCGCUGACCAACUUCAUCACGGAUCCGUCUGGAAAUAGCGAUUACACUGCGAAUAUCUCGAUCGGGGGGACAGUGCCUGCUCAAGUGCAAGUCAAGUACCUGCUGGCCGACUCUGUCUCUCAAAUAUACAACUUCACGUGGGCUGGACAGACCUUCGGCGGCCCAUUCACAUCAGACGGGCGACUUAAUGGCACACUUGACGUACAGACGAUUCCCUGUGACCAGAUCAAUAACGUAUGUCAAGUCGAAGUACCUGCUCCUGGUUUCGCCCUCGUAUUCCUCACCGAUAAUGCGCUGUCCGAGUCCGAUCAGGGCCCGACGAUGACCUUCUCAACCACCACAUAUACGAAUCUCCACGGACCAACCAUCACCGUUGACCCCUCCGUGCUGGCUACCUCAAACGGUGAGAAAGGAUUGGCCGACGCCCUAGCGGGCACGAGCCAAGGUCGACAGAUGAGCAACGCUCUGGGAUUUGCGCAAGCGCUACCUAGCUUGGUCGCUGUCAUGGCUGGUGCUCUCAUAGUCGGGCGUCUGGCCCUCAUACGAUGA